AUGGCGAAUAAUUACAUAACGACGAUCGCAAAAAAGUAUCCCUCGUUCAGGGAUGAACCCUUGAAAACGGUGUAUCGGUGGUUGGACGGAAAGCGGCAAGAUGAUGGGGCCGAAGGACUCUGGCGCAUACACGACACCCUGUACGACUUCACGGACUUUGUAGAGCGCCAUCCCGGAGGCCCUGAAUGGUUGCGGCUAACAAAAGGCACGGACAUUACGGAGGCCUUCGAAACACACCAUAUCACGCUACGAGCCGAGGGCUUGCUGGCUAAGUACAAAGUACGCGAAGCCACCGAACCCAGGGCAGUCCGGUUGACUUUCCGUGACGAUGGGUUUUACCGAACGUUGAAGCGACGUGUUCGCGACAAGCUGAAGGAUGUCGAUCACGGUCCGGCAAAGCGAUCGAAGUUGAUCAUCGACUCGAUGCUGGCUGCUGCCUUUGGACUCGCCUUUUUGGCCAUUCGCCUGAACAGCUACGCCCUGGGAGCGGUAUCCGGGUUGUUCGUGUGCUGGACGAUGAUCAGCGCUCACAAUUUCUUUCAUCAGCGGGAUAAUUGGCGAAUGAUGGCGUUUAACUUGGCCUUUUCCAGUUAUCGCGAGUGGCGCGUAUCGCAUGCGAUGUCCCAUCACAACUUCCCCAAUUCGAUACUGGACUUGGAAAUUUCAUACUUCGAGCCGUUCCUGUGCUGGCUACCAAAUCCGGCCAUUAAGAGCUCGAUGAAACGUUUAGCUUCCUGGGUGUACGGUCCGAUCGUAUAUUCGUUUUUGUUCUACGGUGAAUUCCUCAAGCGGCUGAUAGAAACGUACGAAACGGGAAAGAACACGUUCUUCCUGGAUGACCUCGUAACGUUUAUUCUACCGACGUUCAUGUACGUUGUGGGAGCCACCAGUCUGUGGGAGGUGAUUAAAAUGUGGCUGUUCAUCGUACUUGUUGCAAGCUUUCUCUUCGGACUGAUCGGUUUGAAUGCGGCCCAUCACCAUCCGAAGGCCGUUCACGACGGAGAUCAGAUACCAGCUGACAUUGAUUUUGCCGUGUAUCAGAUGGCCGCCGUGAUUGACCGAUCGGAUACGAAAGGAUCCCAAUUUAUGGUGCUAACUAGUUUCGGUGAUCACUGCUUGCAUCAUCUGUUCCCGACGCUCGAUCACGGGAUUCUUCCGCAGCUGUAUCCAGUGUUUUUCGAAACGUGCCGUGAAUUCGAGACCGUAUAUCGGGAAAUUCCUUGGUUGCAGCACAUCAUUGGCCAGCAUAAACAGCUGGCGCGUGUCGAAACGAUGACGUAUAAGCCGUCGGAAAAGUUGGCUUUAUACUAACGAAAGAUAGCUAAUCAAACUGACCAAAGAUCCCAGGGAGUGGUGGAAACACAAUAUCUAGGUGUACAAAUAAGAUUUAUUUUGUCCAUGAAAAACAUCGCUGAGUAAACUUUAAAUACCAAAACAUUGCCUUACAGAAAGUUCUGCUUUUCAUGGUAAACGAUUACAGGAGUGAUGAAAUUAACGUUAUGAUAUUAACAAGGACUUUCAUAGCCAUAUCUUCGCUAGUUGAAUGUAACAAAAUGGGAUAC